AUGGAGACUCUCUCCAAAUGCCUCGAGGUCCCAACCGAGCCAAGGUCCACUGCGGUUAUUGCGACGACUAUUGCGACCACCGUUGCACUCAUGUCGCUUGCUCGAUUCACACUAUGGCCUAGGAAACGCACCAUCAUUCCUAGUCCUCUAAAGACGAGUCUGCCUAAGUUAUCCAAGGAUGAAGUUACGGCUCUUUCCUACGGUACAGAUACAUUCCCAGGUGCUAGGGAUGUCGACACUCCAUAUGGCAGUAUCCGGGUAUAUGAGUUCGGUCCCGAAGACGGCCGCAAGGUCCUAUUCAUCCACGGAAUCAGUACCUCAUGCAUGACUCUGAAAGAUAUUGCGAUACCACUUUCGAAGAAUGGCUGCCGAGUUAUGCUUUUCGACCUGUUUGGCCGAGGCUUUAGCGAUGCGCCUGACGAUAUACCUUACGACACAAGGCUGUUCGUCACACAGAUAUUACUUGUGCUAGCAUCUUCACAGCUACCGUGGACUGGUGAAAAUGGCUUGAGUGUUAUCGGGUACUCCCUUGGUGGUGGUAUUGCUGCGAAUUUUGCGGCCACUUUCCCUAACAUGGUUGGAUCUCUGAUAUUACUCGCUCCCGCUGGACUCAUUCGCCCGGAGAACUUCGGACGUAUGACCCGUCUUGUAUUCACAUCAGGCGUGAUACCUGAGCGCAUUCUUCAUGCUCUCACUAAACGACGCUUAAGACAGCCUAUCGCAUCAUCCGUAUCUAAGAAGGUUAAAAAGGCCGUCGCUGAUGCGUCUUCCAAUACUCCCCUUAAGAUUGGACAGAAGGGGGAUUAUGUCGAUGUCGCCUUGCAAGAAGCCAAAGAUCCCAUAGAUGAGCCGGCCCAAACGCCCUUUGAGUUGCAAGUUAUCAAGUCUGUACAAUGGAUGGUCGACUGCCACGAGGGAUUCGUAACGGCUUUCAUGUCGACGAUACAAUACGCACCAUUAAUGGACCAGCACGAAUAUUGGCGACAGUUAGCCAAGCGGAAAUCGGGAACAACGGCUGUACUUAUCGGGAAGAAUGAUAGCUUAGUCCAGCCGGAUGACUACACUGAAGAUGCGCUUCCGCUUCUUGGCGGCAAGGACAACGUAUUCUGGCGCGUGGUGUCCGGCUCUCACAACUUUCCUUUCACACACGGACCGGAGGCGUUAGAGCAUAUCUAUGAAUUUUGGGACAUGAAACGAAACGAAUAG